CUUUGAGCCGCCUCGAUCCUCCUCCUCGCUCAGUUGAGUGAGUCAAUUCUAGGUGACGGAGCACUGGUUCUUGGGCGGGUGAAGCAAGCAAGGCAGAUGGAAGAGGAGCUGAACAGCCAUCCCUCCGAUGGACAAACGCGAAAUCCGGCGGCUUAUCCUAGCGGCGUCGGGCUUGGUGAAGGAGCUGAGGCUGAGCUGUUGGUGAAGGAAGCCAAGCCAGAGAAGGAAGAAGAGAAACGAAGAAAGUGAGCAUUCCAUUCACUAAUUAAAAUCAGUUCCCACACCGACCAAGCCAGAGAAGGAAGAAGAGAAACGAAGAAACUUUUACUUGCAGGAAAAACGCAGUGUGGAGAUGUUGGAUUGCCCCAGCCCCAUAGGAGUACGCUUUGGAAUUAAAUAUAUGAUCUUUGAGCCGCCUCGAUCCUCCUCCUCGCUCAGUUGAGUGAGUCAUUCUAGGUGACGGAGCACUGGUUCUUGGGCGGGUGAAGCAAGGCAGAUGGAAGAGGAGCUGAACAGCCAUCCCUCCGAUGGACAAACGCGAAAUCCGGCGGCUUAUCCUAGCGGCGUCGGGCUUGGUGAAGGAGCUGAGGCUGAGCUGUUGGUGAAGGAAGCCAAGCCAGAGAAGGAAGAAGAGAAACGAAGAAAGUGAGCUUUCCAUUCACUAAUUACAAUCAGUUCCCACACCGACCAAGCCAGAGAAGGAAGAAGAGAAACGAAGAAAGUGAUUAUGUCGUUCUUAUGCUGAAGUUCGCUGGUGAGUGGAAAACAAUUGCUAGAUUUGUGUUUUGACGUAGCACAGCUGCUCAAACGUUGAUAAAUUUGAAGCUUUUACUUGCAGGAAAAACGCAGUGUGGAGAUGUUGGAUUGCCCCAGCCCCAUAGGAGUACGCUUUGCUAGAAGACGGUCUUACCCUAGCGGAUUGCAAUAUUCAGAAAGCCUUCAUUUUCACUUCUUUGGUGAUAUAACCUAUUUGCAACUAUGCUUGCGGGCUGCGGCUUGACUCUUUAUGAGGACAUUCUUAGCUGCUGCCAAAUGUGAGACUACUUGGGAUGCUUGUACUUCAGCUAGAAGAGCAAUUCAUAACCCUCUCGAGCAGUUCUUUGAAGCUCAUAGAAGUGUGGAGGAUGAUAAACCUGUUGUGUAUGGUCGGAGCUGGAAGGCAUCUGAGCUUCGUCUCAAGUCCUGGGAUGAUCUUCACAAACUAUGGUUUUGAAUUCGAGCUGGAAUCUGAAUCAACCCUUUUCGCCCCUUCUGGAUUAUCGGGUGGAUAUCCCGUGGAUUGAAUAAUAUCAUCAUUUUGAAGGUGAUUAUGUCGUCCUUAUGCUGAAGUUCGCUGGGAUUACAAAUGAGUGGGAAUGGUGCACACAGACUGAAGUUCAAAGCUUCGCCACAGUUGAAGAAGAUGUUUCCUUAUUUGUAUUAGGGGCUGUAGGGAAGGGGGGCGGGAUGGAAGCAAGGAAUGAGAAGAGGAAAGCUUCAGCUGCCUGUGUAGUAGUAAAACGGAGGCACCCUUUUUAAACUAGAAAUUGCUCUGUCAAAGGAAAUAAGAACACUGGCAGCUGAAGCUUUUCUUAAUGCCAGCUGGUACCAAGGGCCAACUUCAGCAAUUCUAAACCUCAGAGGAGAGUGGAAUCGAGGGGAAUCCGGGAAAGAGAAGAAGAAAGGGGAAACGGGAAAGGAAGGGAGAGAGUUCUUUUUUGCCUCAAGACUUCUACUUUUAUGGCCAUUUGCUUUGAAGAUAAGGAUUGGAAGGAUAUCCAAGUUCUUUUUUGAUCAGAUAAGUACUAAUACUAAAUUUGGGAUUGGAAGCAGGGGCAUUUCCCCCAGCCCCCAGGUCCUCUAUGCCCUAGCGGGAGUUGUGAGCCGACGAGGAAGAUGGGAGAAAGACACUCUCUAAAAGCCCCUACUGGCUUCAAAGAACAAGAUACUAUCUGGCUUUAAGAACUAGAAGACGGUCUUACCCUAGCAGAUUGCAAUAUUCAGAAAGCCUUCAUUUUCACUUCUUUGGUGAUAUAACCUAUUUGCAACUAUGCUUGCGGGCUGCGGCUUGACUCUUUAUGAGGACAUUCUUAGCUGCUGCCAAAUGCGAGACUACUUGGGAUGCUGGUACUUCAGCUAGAAGAGCAAUUCAUAACCCUCUCGAGCAGUUCUUUGAAGCUCACAGAAGUGUGGAGGAUGAUAAACCUGUUGUGUAUGGUCGGAGCUGGAAGGCAUCUGAGCUUCGUCUCAAGUCCUGGGAUGAUCUUCACAAACUAUGGUAUGUACUUCUCAAGGCUCAACGUCAAAUGCUUAAUGCUCAAAACUUGAGAUUUCCAAAUCCAGAAUGUAUCUCCAAGGUAAGAAAGUCUAUAUGCCGAAUCAAACACGUGCCCACAGAGAGGGCGAUCGAUGAGCCAGAUCCUAUGAGGUGUAGUGAGAUGAAAAGAAUGAUAAAUGCCGUAUGAGAAGAAUGAUAGUUGUGUUAAAAGGAAUGAAUGAGAGAUGCUGUCAUUUGAUCCAGUGGCAGAUGGACAGGUGAUUAUGUCGUUCUUAUGCUGAAGUUCGCUGGUGAGUGGAAAACAAUUGCUAGAUUUGUGUUUUGACGUAGCACAGCUGCUCAAACGUUGAUAAAUUUGAAGCUUUUACUUGCAGGAAAAACGCAGUGUGGAGAUGUUGGAUUGCCCCAGCCCCAUAGGAGUACGCUUUGCUAGAAGACGGUCUUACCCUAGCGGAUUGCAAUAUUCAGAAAGCCUUCAUUUUCACUUCUUUGGUGAUAUAACCUAUUUGCAACUAUGCUUGCGGGCUGCGGCUUGACUCUUUAUGAGGACAUUCUUAGCUGCUGCCAAAUGUGAGACUACUUGGGAUGCUUGUACUUCAGCUAGAAGAGCAAUUCAGAACCCUCUCGAGCAGUUCUUUGAAGCUCAUAGAAGUGUGGAGGAUGAUAAACCUGUUGUGUAUGGUCGGAGCUGGAAGGCAUCUGAGCUUCGUCUCAAGUCCUGGGAUGAUCUUCACAAACUAUGGUAUGUACUUCUCAAGGCUCAACGUCAAAUGCUUAAUGCUCAAAACUUGAGAUUUCCAAAUCCAGAAUGUAUCUCCAAGGUAAGAAAGUCUAUAUGCCGAAUCAAACACGUGCUCACAGAGAGGGCGAUCGAUGAGCCAGAUCCUAUGAGGUGUAGUGAGAUGAAAAGAAUGAUAAAUGCCGUAUGAGAAGAAUGAUAGUUUGUGUUAAAAGGAAUGAAUGAGAGAUGCUGUCAUUUGAUCCAGUGGCAGAUGGACAGGUUUUGAAUUCGAGCUGGAAUCUGAAUCAACCCUUUUCGCCCCUUCUGGAUUAUCGGGUGGAUAUCCCGUGGAUUGAAUAAUAUCAUCAUUUUGAAGGUGAUUAUGUCGUCCUUAUGCUGAAGUUCGCUGGGAUUACAAAUGAGUGGGAAUGGUGCACACAGACUGAAGUUCAAAGCUUCGCCACAGUUGAAGAAGAUGUUUCCUUAUUUGUAUUAGGGGCUGUAGGGAAGGGGGGCGGGAUGGAAGCAAGGAAUGAGAAGAGGAAAGCUUCAGCUGCCUGUGUAGUAGUAAAACGGAGGCACCCUUUUUAAACUAGAAAUUGCUCUGUCAAAGGAAAUAAGAACACUGGCAGCUGAAGCUUUUCUUAAUGCCAGCUGGUACCAAGGGCCAACUUCAGCAAUUCUAAACCUCAGAGGAGAGUGGAAUCGAGGGGAAUCCGGGAAAGAGAAGAAGAAAGGGGAAACGGGAAAGGAAGGGAGAGAGUUCUUUUUUGCCUCAAGACUUCUACUUUUAUGGCCAUUUGCUUUGAAGAUAAGGAUUGGAAGGAUAUCCAAGUUCUUUUUUGAUCAGAUAAGUACUAAUACUAAAUUUGGGAUUGGAAGCAGGGGCAUUUCCCCCAGCCCCCAGGUCCUCUAUGCCCUAGCGGGAGUUGUGAGCCGACGAGGAAGAUGGGAGAAAGACACUCUCUAAAAGCCCCUACUGGCUUCAAAGAACAAGAUACUAUCUGGCUUUAAGAAGAAAAACGCCAGUGUGGAGAUGUUGGAUUGCCCCAGCCCCAUAGGAGUACGCUUUGCUUAGUACUAUAAUUAGUUUUGACUUUUUCAAUUUCCUUAGUUGUAAGGGCAUAUCUUUGUUUAAUGCCCUUUUAGAAUAGUACUCCGUAUUUGUUUAUUUUAAACAUUGGUCUUUUCAGUUUUUUUUAUUUUUUAUUUGGUGGUAUGUAAAACUUUAAAAUGGAAGGGGUUGGGUUCGAUUCCCUGGAGCGGAUUUUGGCCCCAUCACCGCCCUUCUAUUUUGGCCUUACCCUUCUGAUUUUUUUUUUCCGGGAAGCAGCUAGAAGACGGUCUUACCCUAGCAGAUUGCAAUAUUCAGAAAGCCUUCAUUUUCACUUCUUUGGUGAUAUAACCUAUUUGCAACUAUGCUUGCGGGCUGCGGCUUGACUCUUUAUGAGGACAUUCUUAGCUGCUGCCAAAUGCGAGACUACUUGGGAUGCUGGUACUUCAGCUAGAAGAGCAAUUCAUAACCCUCUCGAGCAGUUCUUUGAAGCUCACAGAAGUGUGGAGGAUGAUAAACCUGUUGUGUAUGGUCGGAGCUGGAAGGCAUCUGAGCUUCGUCUCAAGUCCUGGGAUGAUCUUCACAAACUAUGGUAUGUACUUCUCAAGGCUCAACGUCAAAUGCUUAAUGCUCAAAACUUGAGAUUUCCAAAUCCAGAAAGUAUCUCCAAGGUAAGAAAGUCUAUAUGCCGAAUCAAACACGUGCCCACAGAGAGGGCGAUCGAUGAGCCAGAUCCUAUGAGGUGUAGUGAGAUGAAAAGAAUGAUAAAUGCCGUAUGAGAAGAAUGAUAGUUGUGUUAAAAGGAAUGAAUGAGAGAUGCUGUCAUUUGAUCCAGUGGCAGAUGGACAGGUGAUUAUGUCGUUCUUAUGCUGAAGUUCGCUGGUGAGUGGAAAACAAUUGCUAGAUUUGUGUUUUGACGUAGCACAGCUGCUCAAACGUUGAUAAAUUUGAAGCUUUUACUUGCAGGAAAAACGCAGUGUGGAGAUGUUGGAUUGCCCCAGCCCCAUAGGAGUACGCUUUGCUAGAAGACGGUCUUACCCUAGCGGAUUGCAAUAUUCAGAAAGCCUUCAUUUUCACUUCUUUGGUGAUAUAACCUAUUUGCAACUAUGCUUGCGGGCUGCGGCUUGACUCUUUAUGAGGACAUUCUUAGCUGCUGCCAAAUGUGAGACUACUUGGGAUGCUUGUACUUCAGCUAGAAGAGCAAUUCAGAACCCUCUCGAGCAGUUCUUUGAAGCUCAUAGAAGUGUGGAGGAUGAUAAACCUGUUGUGUAUGGUCGGAGCUGGAAGGCAUCUGAGCUUCGUCUCAAGUCCUGGGAUGAUCUUCACAAACUAUGGUAUGUACUUCUCAAGGCUCAACGUCAAAUGCUUAAUGCUCAAAACUUGAGAUUUCCAAAUCCAGAAUGUAUCUCCAAGGUAAGAAAGUCUAAAUGCCGAAUCAAACACGUGCUCACAGAGAGGGCGAUCGAUGAGCCAGAUCCUAUGAGGUGUAGUGAGAUGAAAAGAAUGAUAAAUGCCGUAUGAGAAGAAUGAUAGUUGUGUUAAAAGGAAUGAAUGAGAGAUGCUGUCAUUUGAUCCAGUGGCAGAUGGACAGGUGAUUAUGUCGUUCUUAUGCUGAAGUUCGCUGGUGAGUGGAAAACAAUUGCUAGAUUUGUGUUUUGACGUAGCACAGCUGCUCAAACGUUGAUAAAUUUGAAGCUUUUACUUGCAGGAAAAACGCAGUGUGGAGAUGUUGGAUUGCCCCAGCCCCAUAGGAGUACGCUUUGCUAGAAGACGGUCUUACCCUAGCGGAUUGCAAUAUUCAGAAAGCCUUCAUUUUCACUUCUUUGGUGAUAUAACCUAUUUGCAACUAUGCUUGCGGGCUGCGGCUUGACUCUUUAUGAGGACAUUCUUAGCUGCUGCCAAAUGUGAGACUACUUGGGAUGCUUGUACUUCAGCUAGAAGAGCAAUUCAUAACCCUCUCGAGCAGUUCUUUGAAGCUCAUAGAAGUGUGGAGGAUGAUAAACCUGUUGUGUAUGGUCGGAGCUGGAAGGCAUCUGAGCUUCGUCUCAAGUCCUGGGAUGAUCUUCACAAACUAUGAGAGGGCGAUCGAUGAGCCAGAUCCUAUGAGGUGUAGUGAGAUGAAAAGAAUGAUAAAUGCCGUAUGAGAAGAAUGAUAGUUGUGUUAAAAGGAAUGAAUGAGAGAUGCUGUCAUUUGAUCCAGUGGCAGAUGGACAGGUUUUGAAUUCGAGCUGGAAUCUGAAUCAACCCUUUUCGCCCCUUCUGGAUUAUCGGGUGGAUAUCCCGUGGAUUGAAUAAUAUCAUCAUUUUGAAGGUGAUUAUGUCGUCCUUAUGCUGAAGUUCGCUGGGAUUACAAAUGAGUGGGAAUGGUGCACACAGACUGAAGUUCAAAGCUUCGCCACAGUUGAAGAAGAUGUUUCCUUAUUUGUAUUAGGGGCUGUAGGGAAGGGGGGCGGGAUGGAAGCAAGGAAUGAGAAGAGGAAAGCUUCAGCUGCCUGUGUAGUAGUAAAACGGAGCAUUCUUACUAGCUCUUGCUGGGGUUGGCAGAGGAGCAGAGUUAUCAUCUUGGUUAACCUCUGGGAGUUGUGAUGCCACUACUGCGUGGGAACUGAUGCAACGCUUCAGUAAGGAGACAUGGCACCCUUUUUAAACUAGAAAUUGCUCUGUCAAAGGAAAUAAGAACACUGGCAGCUGAAGCUUUUCUUAAUGCCAGCUGGUACCAAGGGCCAACUUCAGCAAUUCUAAACCUCAGAGGAGAGUGGAAUCGAGGGGAAUCCGGGGAAGAGAAGAAGAAAGGGGAAACGGGAAAGGAAGGGAGAGAGUUCUUUUUUGCCUCAAGACUUCUACUUUUAUGGUCAUUUGCUUUGAAGAUAAGGAUUGGAAGGAUAUCCAAGUUCUUUUUUGCUCAGGUAUUAUUUUGAACUGGUGAGUGGAAAACGAUUGCUAGGGUUGCAUUUUGACGUAGCUCAGCUGCUCAAGCGUUGAUAAAUGUGGUUCUAUGGGGGUAUACUGUAUAUUACAAAUGAGUGGGAAUGGGGCACACAGACUGAAGUUCAAAGCUUCACCACAAUUAAGGAAGCUGUUUCCUUAUUUCUAUUAGGAGCAGCGGAGGAGAAGAAAGGGGGAAAGGCAAACGGGUACAAGUGAAAGAGUAGAGAGAAGGAACAGGAAAGAAAGAGGAAGCAGAAAGGGAAAGUUAUUGAAUUCAUAAUAUACAAGGGUUUUAUUAUUCUCCAAGUUCGUUUCUUGCUUUGAAGAUAAGUCUUGCCUCCAGUUACAUUGACGUAUGUUUCAUCAAAACUCCAAAGGAAAUAAGAACACUGGCGGCUGAAGCUUUUCUUAAUGCCAGCUGAAA